CCAUUUCACGAGGACUUGGAGCCUGGUCCUUGCUUUGAGGAAGCAGUGGCUUGUUUCAAGAAGCCACUUCUGAUCUAAGAAUCUACCCAGCAUGCCUAAUCAAGGAGAAGACUGCUAUUUUUUUUUCUAUUCUACAUGUACCAAAGGCGACAGCUGCCCAUUCCGUCACUGUGAAGCUGCACUAGGAAAUGAAACUGUUUGCACAUUAUGGCAAGAAGGGCGCUGUUUUCGACAGGUGUGCAGGUUUCGGCACAUGGAGAUUGAUAAAAAACGCAGUGAAAUUCCUUGUUAUUGGGAAAAUCAGCCAACAGGAUGUCAAAAAUUAAACUGCGCUUUCCAUCAUAAUAGAGGACGAUAUGUUGAUGGCCUUUUCCUACCUCCGAGCAAAACUGUGUUGCCCACUGUGCCUGAGUCACCAGAAGAGGAAGUGAAGGCUAGCCAACUUUCAGUUCAGCAGAACAAAUUGUCUGUCCAGUCCAAUCCUUCCCCUCAGCUGCGGAGCGUUAUGAAAGUAGAAAGUUCCGAAAAUGUUCCUAGCCCCACGCAUCCACCAGUUGUAAUUAAUGCUGCAGAUGAUGAUGAAGAUGAUGAUGAUCAGUUUUCUGAGGAAGGUGAUGAAACCAAAACACCUACCCUGCAACCAACUCCUGAAGUUCACAAUGGAUUACGAGUGACUUCCGUCCGGAAACCUGCAGUCAAUAUAAAGCAAGGUGAAUGUUUGAAUUUUGGAAUAAAAACUCUUGAGGAAAUUAAGUCAAAGAAAAUGAAGGAAAAAUCUAAGAAGCAAGGUGAGGGUUCUUCGGGAGUUUCCAGUCUUUUACUCCACCCUGAGCCCGUUCCAGGUCCUGAAAAAGAAAAUGUCAGGACUGUGGUGAGGACAGUAACUCUCUCCACCAAACAAGGAGAAGAACCUUUGGUUAGAUUGAGUCUUACUGAGAGACUGGGGAAACGAAAAUUUUCAGCAGGCGGUGACAGUGAUCCUCCAUUAAAGCGUAGCCUGGCACAGAGGCUAGGGAAGAAAGUUGAAACUCCAGAAACUAACAUUGACAAAACACCAAAGAAAGCUCAAGUUUCCAAGUCUCUUAAGGAGCGAUUAGGCAUGUCAGCUGAUCCAAAUAAUGAGGACGUAACAGAGAAAGUUAAUAAAGUUGGUGAGAUCCAUGUGAAGACAUUAGAAGAAAUUCUUCUUGAAAGAGCCAGUCAGAAACGUGGAGAAUUGCAAACUAAACUCAAGACAGAAGGACCUUCAAAAACUGAUGACUCUACUUCAGGAGCAAGAAGCUCCUCCACUAUCCGUAUCAAAACCUUCUCUGAGGUCCUGGCUGAAAAAAAACAUCGGCAGCAGGAAGCAGAGAGACAAAAAAGCAAAAAGGAUACAACUUGCAUCAAGCUAAAGACUGAUAGUGAAAUUAAAAAAACAGUUGUUUUGCCACCCAUUGUUGCCAGCAAAGGACAAUCAGAGGAGCCUGCAGGUAAAACAAAGUCUAUGCAGGAGGUGCACAUCAAGACGCUGGAAGAAAUUAAACUGGAGAAGGCACUGAGGGUGCAGCAGAGCUCUGAGAGCAGCACCAGCUCCCCAUCUCAACAUGAGGCCACUCCAGGGGCAAGGCGGCUGCUGCGAAUCACCAAAAGAACAGGGAUAAAAGAAGAGAAGAACCUUCAGGAAGGAAAUGAAGUUGAUUCUCAGAGCAGUAUUAGAACAGAAGCUAAAGAGGCUUCAGGUGAGACCACAAGAGUUGACAUCACUAAAAUUCAAGUCAAGAGAUGUGAGACCAUGAGAGAGAAGCACAUGCAGAAACAGCAGGAGAGGGAAAAAUCAGUCUUGACACCUCUUCGGGGAGAUGUAGCCUCUUGUAAUACCCAAGUGGCAGAGAAACCAGUGCUCACUGCUGUGCCAGGAAUCACACGGCACCUGACCAAGCGGCUUCCCACAAAGUCAUCCCAGAAGGUGGAGGUAGAAACCUCAGGGAUUGGAGACUCAGUAUUGAAUGUGAAAUGUGCAGCACAGACCUUGGAAAAAAGGGGUAAAGCUAAACCCAAAGUGAACGUGAAGCCAUCUGUGGUUAAAGUUGUGUCAUCCCCCAAAUUGGCCCCAAAACGUAAGGCAGUGGAGAUGCACCCUGCUGUCAUUGCCGCUGUGAAGCCACUCAGCUCCAGCAGUGUCCUACAGGAACCCCCAGCCAAAAAGGCAGCUGUGGCUGUUGUCCCGCUUGUCUCUGAGGACAAAUCAGUCACUGUGCCUGAAGUAGAAAAUCCUAGAGACAGUCUUGUGCUGCCUCCAACCCAGUCCUCUUCAGAUUCCUCACCCCCAGAGGUGUCUGGCCCUUCCUCAUCCCAAAUGAGCGUGAAAACUCGCCGACUCAGCUCUGCCUCAACAGGAAAGCCCCCACUCUCUGUGGAGGAUGAUUUUGAGAAACUAAUAUGGGAGAUUUCAGGAGGCAAAUUGGAAGCUGAGAUUGACCUGGAUCCUGGGAAGGAUGAAGAUGACCUUCUGCUUGAGCUAUCAGAAAUGAUUGAUAGCUGAAGGUGGUAGUGAGGACACUUUAAAAAAAAAAUCGCCAAAAAACUGGACUUAGUUUCAUCUAUUGUAACAUUUACCUGAGAUGAUCAUUUCUUUAGUCUAGAAUUUGCCCCAAAUCAGUAUACCUCUGAAUUAUCUGUAUGUGUCCUGGAUUCCUUGGGGUCAGAUUUUUAAAGUUACUUUAUAACCAUUUUGUCCAUUCGAUGCCAUUGUUUAUCAUACCCAAUGAUGAGAAAAAAGUUUUGUCAUACCCUUCUCUCCACAAAAAAGAGACUGAGAGGGAGAUCAAGUGAAAGGGUGCAAGUGAACUUAGUGACUCCUUGAGGUGUUUGUCAGUUUUGGCGUUUUUCUCCUUUGUUGUAUUCUUUAUGUAUUGUCUUGAUGUACUUAAUAUUCCCUGAGUUUGAAAUGGAUGAAGACAGCUGCUACCAUUAAGGACCAAAUUUUAUGCUACCACUAAACAAAAAUACCCACUCAGUCUGUGUUAAAUUGUAUGUCUUUUUAAAGGUAUUUAGAGAUUCAACUAAGCUUUAAAGAGGGCUGAGCAGCUCAGGAAGCCUGUAAUGUGGGCAUAACUCUUUGGACCUGAUCUUGAUGCUUCUGCUGCUCUGUUAGCCUCUGAAGAGCAAUAUCUAAUUUAUUAUUACUGUAAUUUUUUAAAAGGCUUUAAAGUGCCUCAGGGGUCCCCUGAAACUAAUUUUCUAUUUCUGGGAUUCCCUGGAUUUCAUUAUAUGAGAUGGUGACAUGAUUAGAGGAAUUCUUUUUUAGUAUGAAAAUUGUCCCUUUUCUUCUUCAGUACUUGCCUCCUUACUGGCAUUGAAUUAACACAGGGACAAAAUUUGGUUAAUUUUUUAUUUCUAACUCUCCCAACAAACCCCUGUUGCCCAGUAUUUAUUUGGUGGCCUUUAACCACCUGAGGGAAAAAAUGAGCUUAUUCAAGCUGCCAAUAUUUAUCUAUGGGCUAUAGCAGUACACUGAAUUGUACUGUGCCAGGGAUAUUGAGAUGCUCUGGGGGUGUAUUGUAUACCUGCCAGUUUUCUUCAUUUCUGAAUUGAGUUUUCUUUUCUUGAUGUUGGUUUCCUUCAUAUCACCUCAAGGUUUAGAUUUGUGAAGGAAUAAGCAUGAUGGGAAUAAGAGUCUUGAAAGGAGAUAUGUUGUAUAUAAUCAGGAGGAGGAGGAAGGAAGGACUUACCCAUUUUGAUAUUUUGCUGUAGGUGGCCAGUUUUGUUUCUCAUAGGGAAAUCUGACCCACCUGUCAUGUUGGCUCCUAAGGAACUGCUGUUGUAAGCGGCUCAUCAAGAGUUGAACUUCACGUAGCCUUGUUGGGAAUAUGGAAAAGGAAGAAAGCCACAGGACUGCCCAUUCAGUCUUGGGAAGAUUGAGAUGAUUCUGCACAAGCAAAAAUGACUUGAAAUUUAUGUAUAGACACACCUCUACCAAUCCAUCUUCAGCUGACUGAAUGUUGUAUGAUAGCCCUUCUCCAAAGCAGGGGUAGAAUGUUCAGGUUUCACCACGGAUUUUCUACUUAUUUCGUUUUUGGAAUCAGCUUACAGAUUCCAGGUCCCUUUUGUAUAUAUUCUUUAUUCUUUUGCUUUUUUAAAAAAUAAUUUUGUUUCAUAUUUAAAGCACUUGUAUUAGUCAAUGUUUCAUGUUCUGCAUUAUUUGAACCAUUUGCCCUUACAGAAAGAGAAAUACUUGUUUGUGUUUUAAAUAAAACUGAUGUAGGAAAGUC